GUCUGGCACAGCUGAGCGUGGACAGUUUGAGUAACAGUAGCCCACGAGUCUGAGAUACAGAGGGAUCUGCUGUUGGAAGAUUGUUUGGACUUUAUGGAAACUGGAGAGAAAUCAAAGAAGAUGACAGAGUGACGGCGCAGCGGGAGAGCAGCGAUGACUGACCAAAGAGAUCGAGCAUGCAACAGCUGAACCAAUGUGAAAACUUUGACUAACCAAUAAAGCAAAAAGGAGAACCAAAGCAACACGAACCAAAGGAGAAAAACUCUCAGGCAAGACAUCGACUGAAAAGCGAAGCAGUGAAAAUGAAGUUGGAGGCAUCUCUGGAGGACAUGAGCGAGUGGAGGGAGGUGGACUUUGCGCUGAACUGCACCUACAUCGUCCACGACCAGGCGUCCGAACCCAGCUUCGGCCUGCCGAAGGCCAUGACCUCCAUCCCACGCAAUCUCACCUUCCAGUACAGCGCUGACAACCAGGUGACUGGCAUUUUCAGCAAAGAGUACAUACCGCAGGGUACGAGAUUCGGACCUCUCCAAGGGGUCGUCUACACCAAAGAAAACGUGCCCUUUAAGACCAACAGGAAGUACUUUUGGAGGAUCUACAGUGGUGGCCACUUACACCACUUCAUCGAUGGCUACGAUGUCCAGCGGAGCAACUGGAUGCGGUACGUCAACCCCGCGCGCUCGCUGGCCGAACAGAACCUGGUGGCCUGUCAGAACGGCCAGGAGAUCUUCUUCUACACCAUCCGGCCCGUGGAGCCCAAGCAGGAGCUGCUGGUGUGGUACAGUCCGGAGUUUUCCCAGAGACUCUGCGGCCAGCAGGAGCAACCAGACCGCCUGAAGCCAAAGUACAUAUCUGAUAUGGAGUAUCAGAAACAGCCCCUACCUCAGUACGUCUACUACCCUAAACAGGCCCCGAGCCCACACAAACUUCAAAGUGAGGGAGAGGAAGAUGAGGUGGACGAAAAGAUCGACGUAGAGGUUAUCGAGAGGGACACGCCACCUGACACACCGGACGAACAGGUCAUGGAUUUCAGCAAGAAAGCUGUUCCACCGGAGCCUGUGCAUUCUCCACAUCUCAACCAGAAGGAGAUGAACACGAGCGCUCACCCGUAUCCCACCCUGUCCCCGCCGCAAGACCUUCCUCACCACCUGCACGGCCUCUAUGGUCAUCGAGAGGGUUUGAUCUCAUACCCUUCACUGCCCUCAUCUAGACCCCUGCAAGCUCCAUAUCCGGUUUUACCACAGUACAACCCUCAUUACUCACGUCUUCUCUUGCCCCCAUACUCCCCGCCCUUCCCUUCCAUGUUGCCCUCGAAAGCGGGUCUCCGGUACAAUGGAUUCCUGGGUAGCGAUGGCUUGCCGUAUCCUUCCAUUCCCCAACCCGGUCUGUUACCAAUGACAAUGCCCUAUCCCACCCCUCUUCAUGGAGGCCUGAAGGAAAGAAUCCCAAAUACUCCACCCCGAGGAGCUCCCGCAACACCCGAACUCUCCCCUCCGCCAAUGCACUCCCCUCAGCAGAAAUGCGAAGAGGCCAUGAACCUCAGCCUGGCUUCACCCAAGAGCGCGCCGCCUCCGUCCUCGUCUUCCCCGCCGAACCCUGGGUACAAGUCUCUCCCGUACCCGCUCAAGAAACAGAACGGCAAAAUCAAGUAUGAAUGCAACGUCUGCCUCAAAACCUUCGGUCAGCUGUCCAAUCUCAAAGUGCACUUGAGGGUCCACAGUGGGGAGAGACCAUUCCAGUGCAACUUGUGCAAAAAGAGCUUCACCCAGCUGGCCCACUUACAGAAACAUCACCUGGUCCACACAGGAGAGAAACCACACGAAUGCCAGGUGUGCCACAAACGCUUUAGCAGCACCAGCAACCUGAAAACCCACUUGCGUCUACACUCCGGAGAGAAGCCGUAUCAGUGUAAGCUGUGUGGGGUGAAGUUCACCCAGUACAUCCACCUCAAACUCCACCGUCGGCUGCACAGCUCCUGCGACCGGCCCCACACCUGCCAAACCUGCACCCGGGGCUUCAUCCACCGCUUCUCCCUGCACCUCCAUCAGCGCUCCAGCUGCUUCCCUGCCGCCCGUCCUGAAAUCCCCGAGCUGGUGGAGCGAUUCGACGCCAGCCACGAGGCCGAGGCUCUGCCCGAGAACGCCGGAGAAGCUCAGGUGGACGCUGCCUUGGAGAAAUGGUUGGCUAGAAGUUUGGAGAGCGGUGAGGGGAAGGAGGACGCCGGAUUCCUCAAGGCUUUUAGCGCGGUGCCUCACGGGGUAACCGCCAUGGGUCAUCACCAGGAGAGAGCCAGCGUUGUCCACUUCAACCACCGGCCCUCGAUCAAGACUGAGGAGGAGUAGAUGACAUACAUAACCCAAAUAAAUGCUAUCUAUGCACCUAGUUGACACCAAAAAUCCUCUCAGAGAGAAGAUGCGUAAACCAAGCCAAUGAGAGCCGCACCAAACAAAUAGUGUUUCCAAAGACUGUGUCGAGUGAUUGCACUUCUACCCUCUGACCUGUUAUAGAAUGAAGAUGUGAUUUAUAAUGUCCAUCAGGUUUUCAAACCGAUGUGAAAGUCUGUUUGUGUGAGUUUGUCUUAACUUAUUAUUGUUGAGUUUUCUUUUUUGAGCACUGUAUCAAAUGUUUUUAUAUGUGUACUUCUGUUUAUCUUCUUUAGUUUUAAUUGGGAUUCUCAGGAAUUAUGUGUCAAUCCCACUAUGGACACUAUAUGUUACAGUCCCAAACAGGCUGGAUUUUCCCAUCCAUUCCAAUUGUGGUUUGGGUGUGAAUGUGUACAAACGGAUUUGUUAAAUAAUUUUGGAUGUGAUCCAGUUGUAAAUACGUGUCUUUUCAAAAGGGAUCAUUCACUGUAGCUUUUUAUAGUAGUUUUCUUUGCAACCAACAAAUCUUGAACCCCUUUGACAUUGGAAAGAAAACAUGCCUCACUUUUUAUUUAAUAUUUGAAAUAUUCUUUGUUUUCUUAGUCUUAUGUUACUGGGUUGUGUCUACCAAUGUUUACUGUUGUCUCUUUAAUCCAAACAAGUAUUGUUAGCACUAUGUAACUGAUCAGAUCGAUGUAGCUGAAACUGAAUUUGCCAAUCAUGAAGAUUGCAAUACUUCUUUUUAUAUAGACUACAGACACAACAGUACCUCAUACUAAAAAGUUAGCUUCAUAUGUUAUGCUCUUUUAAUUUAUUUGAUGCCAGCACUGGAAAAAGCAGGAACUAGAUCCAAGUGCUGGAUAUUUGAACGUUAGCUACAACAGGGUUUAGAAACGAGACUUUUUGUACAGUUCUUUUGUUAUCCUAGUUUAUUUUUGACUCGGUCCAAAAGAUGUCCAUACUUUAUAUGUGAGAACCUAUUUUUGACAAACUUUUAUAAUGUAGCGCAUUAAACUUUACUUGUCUAAGA